AACAUGGUGUCCUCUUUGUUAAGUCUCUGAGUAGACGGCUUGGGUAAUGCCAAGGAUACGGGCUGAAUGCAUAUAUGGUGAUGUGUUUUAACUCUUAUCUAGACCAGUGGAUCAGAUGGAGCUUCGAAGUUUAGAAAACAAAAGUUAAGAGUUAGUUUUCUCUUUAGGUUUAAAUUUGGGGCAUUUAGUGUUUGUGAAUUUUCUUUUUAAGUCUUGAAAAUAGAAAAAAAAAAGUCACAUUUUAGUUGAUGAGAAUGUUGAGCUGCCUGUGAUUAUCUCAGGGAUGCAACGUGAUAACUCACAUUGUGGUAGGAGCGUCAUUAAUUUGAAAGUCUGUUUUUUAGGCACUCUUUAUUAAUUCUGAUUGAAUUGCUCUUUUUACAGCAGAACAGCUCUGAUUAGAGUGUUUUGUAGUAUAUAUGAUCAGAGUGGAUAGACAACGUUUAAAAGGACUUAAGGCAGCUCAAAUGAACACUUUUGGGGUAUUGGCAUUUUGUGGGAUAUUAUCUCUUUUUAUCACUGUACCUGAUUAUGGCUUUGUCCAAGCAUUAAGUUGUGUGCCUUUGUUCCUGGAAGAAAGUUGAUAGUAGCAAUUCCCUAUUUCUAGCUUCUGAACUCAGCUGGAAACUCUGGAUUCCUCUCUUUCCUGAACCUUCUGUCACCUAGAGAGCUCCAAUUUGAUCUUCCAUUCAAGUCUCCAUCUCUCUCAAGGAAAACAUCCUAUAGUCCCUAAUGCCAGUUCAUGCUUGAUGGUGUUUUAUGCCUCUGACUCUCAUGAGUCUCCUGUAAAUCAGGUGAAUUGAUUCAAGGAAAAUCCUGGUUAUUUUGAAGAUGUUGCAGCUCAGUAUUGUUUUGUGUUUAAGUCACAAAUAACUUCAUAAAUUUUCAGAACAAAAGAAACUGGAUUUUUUUAAAAAUUAAAUCAUGCCAUUUGAACAGACACAGCUAUUUUGUGAUGAAAAACAAACUACUUUGACAAAAUGUGAUUGUGAUACAGGAAAUAAGACAGCAGAUACUAUUGGAUCAGUACCUACACCAAAACUUGCAGAAACUCGUUUUCAUUACGAGCUAAAAAAUGUGAACAUCAGUUUGCCCAAGAUAAAUAUUCCAAAUGAAGUCUUAAUGAAACAUGAAGUUGAAAAAUACAGAAUAUUAUUUCAGAGCAAACCACAGACUGCAAGGAAAUCUUUCAGUGUAAAGACUGUAAGUUGUGCUGAGGAGUGUGUACUGCCUUGUAAAUCUGAGCGAACUGAAGAAGAGAGUGUAAACAUGUCUGCAAAAAUACUCAACUUCAGUUGUUUAAAAUGCCAAGACAGUACUCAGUAUAGUCCAAACGAUUUGCAGAAACACUUUGAAAUGCGGCAUCAUGGUGAGUUGCCUUCGUUUCCUUGUGAAAUGUGUAGUUUUUCAGCAAAUGACUUCCAGAUAUUUAAACAACACCGAAAAACCCAUAGGAGCACUUUUGUAAAAUGUGAUAUUUGUAACAGUGAGCGUUCAUAUACUUUAUUGGAGUUGACAAAACACUUCACGUCUAAACAUUGUGUUAAUGGUAAUUUUCAGUGUGAAGAGUGUAGAUUCUUUACCCAGGAUGUUGGCACAUUUGUUCAGCACAUUCAUAGACAUAAAGAAAUGCAUUAUAAAUGUGGAAAAUGCCGUCACCUCUGUUUUACCAAGGGAGAGCUUCAGAAGCACCUUUGUGUCCACUCUGGUACUCUUCCCUUCACUUGUCACUACUGUAGCUACGGUGCCAUUCAUAAAGACCAACUUGUCAGACAUGUUAUAACUUUGCAUAAAGAACACUUAUAUGCAAAAGAAAAACUGGAAAAAGACCAAUAUGAUACAAGAGUGGCAACAACCACAACAGGACUUAAACUAAUACUUAAGAGAUACAAAAUAGGUCCAACAAAGACGUUUUGGAAACGUAAGACAGUUACCAAUGGGAAUGAUGAAAGUAUGGGAAAAACUGCUCACACGUUUAAUAUAGUGAACAAAACACAGACUAAAUCUGAAGACCAGAGUCAAGAGCAAUUAAAUGAAGAAAAGGGUGAAAGACUGCACUGUGAGAACGAUGAUAAGCCCACAGAAUCAGAAAAGUCAACUUUGCUGUCCCCUGGUCAAUAUAAUAAAGCUGAUGAGGGAGCAAAUGCUAAUUCAAGUUCUUUGAAGAGUGGUGUACAAGGGCCUACAGUGUUACUGGUGAGAAAUAAUAAGAUAACAAUUCCUGCUAACUACAGUGCUAAGUUUAUGGGCUUUAAGGUGGUCGAUGGGAGACAGCAUAUUGUAAUAAAAUUGUUGCCUAUUAAUAAACCGAAUUUACCUGCACCAGCCUUACAACCAGACACAGAAAAGGAUAGUACUGCUAAUUUGCCACCCCAAGCUUUGAACAGCGCUGGAUUUGCAACUGGAGUAACAACUGAGGUGAAUGACACAGAUUUUGUCAAAGCAGCUCCACUCUCAUCUUCGUCUCCUGUGCUUUCCAGGAAAGAAACUUCUGAAAAAGAAAUGGCUUUCACAUCUGAAAAGAAUAAUAUGCUUCAGACAGUAGAUAACAGUAAAAGUUUAUCUUUGCCAACAACAUCAGAGUCAGUUGCUGCAUCAGUGAGUUUGACUACAAAAGUUGAAGCAAGAGAUAAUGUUGACUCGUGGGAAAAUCAUACCACUCAGAGUCAUCCAGAUGCAUUAGAUACCACCACCAUUAAAAGUCCAGAUAAAGUCAACCUUACCACUAAGCCAAAUGCAUACAGUUGUGGAGAUAUGCAUAAUUAUUGCAUCAAUUAUGUUAGCUCUGAGUUACCUGACGAAUCCUCCAGCUAUUUUGAGUUCUCCAACCAAGGUUCAUUACCUUUUCAUAAUUACUCAAAGGUGAAUUACAAGCAUCAUAGGUUUUCAAGAACAGGAGGGUUUGAAAACCUUCCGAGGGACUCUUCCAGUGAAACAACUCAGGACUCAGCUAGUGAUAGCGAUUCACUUUCACCACUAAUGAAAAAGGAGAACUCCAACUCAGGUAGCCCAUUAGCAUCUGUCAGCCCAUUGAAUGAUAAAGAUGGAACUUUCAAAACAAAAACUGAAAUUGAAGAACCAUAUAAUUUAGAAGAAAGACAUAACUUUGAUAAGCAAAGCCUCUUCACUGAUGAAAACCAAAAUUUAUUGAAUGUUACUGAAGAAACUAAAUGGAAUGACAUUCCCAGUGCUGGCUCCCCUAUGAUGCCUAGAAUCACAUCUGUUUUCUCUCUCCAAAGCCAGCAGGCUUCAGAAUUUUUACCACCAGAAGUAAACCAGUUACUUCAAGAUGUACUGAAACCAAAAUCUGAUAUAAAGGAAAAUUCUGAUAACAUUACCAGUAAAAACCUUCUACUCAAUUGUGACCAAACAUUUAAAAAGGCUCGGGAAGAAGAAAUGGUAGUAGAAUCUUCUAAAGACUUCCAGGUACAAGACAUCUUCCCAGUUCCAUCUCCCAGUGUAGGUGUUAGUGUGCCUACAAAUGAUUUGAAUUUAAAAUGUAAUGGACAAGAAAAACAAGUGGUGUCAGUAUUACAAGAUGUGAGAAAUUCAGAGGUGGCCGCUAAAAUUCCAAGUAUCGUCACACUACUUAAGACUCAGUCAGAUGCAAUAAUAACACAACAACUUGUAAAAGACAAACUCCGAACCACAGCACAAAAUUCGAGUCCUGUAUAUAUUCAGAAUCCAUUUCUAACCUCAGAACAGAGAAAUCCUGUAUUUGUUCAAACUCCAAAAGGUUUUCUUAUACCACUGCAGGUUGCUAACAAACCUGGAUUCCACGUUUUCUCUGGAAGACCACUCCCUUUGAUUAAUAAACAGAGUGCACCUGCUUCUCUUCUUGUGAACAAGAAACCUGGAGUGCUUUUGACACUUAAUAAAGGGAAACCUGAAGGUGUUCACACUGUCAAAACUGAGAAUGUUCCCAGCUAUGGAACCGUAACUACGGAACCUUGCAAAACACCUUUUCUUAAAGUAGAAGCAAACAAUAACUUUCUUACCCCUACACUUUGCUCCGGUGGUGGCAGUUGUGUCAGCAUGAAAAGUUGCUCAGCAAAUGCGUCACCUUUGAACGGUCCUUACAUUAUUAAAACAUCAGUGGCUUCUUCAGUGAGACCUGUUCAUUUUCCUAACAUUCUACCUGAGCAGCAGGGCCCUAAGAUGAAUAUCUUGGAUACAGGAAAGCAACCGAAUGAAACCUUGCCCAAAGCAUCUCUGUACACCCUCAUGCCUGAUGGGAAACAAGCUGUGUUUUUAAAGUGUAUGAUGCCAAAUAACAUUGAACCGCUUAAGCCUAAGUUAGUCAGAAGUAGUCCUUACCAACGUAUUCAGCCAAAGAGACCUGAAGGAGCACCACAGAAAAUAUUGGUAAAAAUUUUUAAUCCUGUUUUAAAUGUCAGUGCUGCUAAUAAUCUUUCAGUUAGUAACUCUGAACCCUCAUUCCAGAAAGAGAAUGUACCAUCUAAACUACUGGGACUUGGAGAGCAGAAAGAGCCAGAAUCUUCUAGAAAUGCCUUACCAGUCUUAGUAAAUGAUUUGAUGCCAGCAAAUGGAAUUGUUCAUGCUUCUACUGUAGCAUGCGCAGAAUCUUCUGAGGAACCAGCAUGCAUCAGUGAGCAUUCAGAGACUAGAGUAUUAAGGUAUAAAGCCAAUUGUACAAAUGAGAGAAAUUUCAAUAAAAGGAAGACUUGUAAAAAUAAAUUUGCAAAAAUUAAGACUCGUAUAAGUCAAGAUUCUGAAACCACAAUUGUAUCUAGAAAUAGAAGCUGUAAACGAAAGUAUAUUGAUAAUUACCAAGAACCUCCAAGAAAAAAGUCCACAUUACAUAGAAAGUGUAGAGAAAAGGCUAAUGCUGAUGAUGUUCAGGAAACCUUUGCAUUUAGCAGACCCAGGCUUUCAAAGGAUUCAGGUAGAACUUUGAGACUUUUUCCUUUUAAUUCCAAACAACUGGUGAAAUGUCCUAGAAGAAACCAACCAGUUGUGGUUUUGAACCAUCCUGAUGCAGAUGCCCCAGAAGUAGAACGAGUGAUGAAAACUAUUGCAAAGUUUAAUGGACGUGUACUGAAGGUUUCAUUGUCACAAACAACUAUUAAUGCUUUACUGAAGCCAGUUCAUUGUAAUACUUCAGAAACAACUUACAGUGACUUUUCCAAGAGACACAAAAUGCUUAAACCUGCUAAUUCUGUGAAAGAAAGAUUUGUGCUAAAACUAACACUCAAAAAGACUAGCAAAAAUAAUUACCAGAUUGUAAAAACUACCUCUGAAGAUGUCUUGAAAACUAAGUUUAACUGCUGGUUCUGUGGUCGAGUUUUUGACAAUCAGGAUAUGUGGGCUGGCCAUGGGCAGAGACAUUUAGUGGAAGCUACUCGGGAUUGGAAUGUGUUAGAAUAACUUACUGUAAUUACAAAGGAAAGAGACUUUAGAAGGAAAAAAUGGACUAAAUUACCAUAAUUCAGGCAUUUUCUACAUCAAUAUAGUUUUUGAACAUUUUAAGAGUUGGUUAUAUUUCUGUGGAAGAAGAAAAGCUUUAUGUGUGGUACUUGAAAAUGCCACAGUUCACAUGUUUUGAAAGAAAGUAAUUAGCACAGAUGAGCCUUGUUUUAGUUGUUUAAAGAUGCAUCUGUGGGAAGGUAGGUCUAAGGAAAGUUUUGAUAAGAGUUUUCCCAGCUGAGUUUAGAGAGUGAGCAGAGGGUAAUGGCGAACAACCGCAUUCGCUUUCUUCUCCAACCAGCCUUAUAGAUCUGACAAACGAGUUUUCUCUGGAGAUGAAGAACCGUCUCACACAUGAGUUUCUUACCACUUGUGAAGAUGGCCUAAACUUGAUAAGGUUACUUUCUAUCUGUUACAGUUCAUUUGAAAGGUAUUAUGUUCCUUCAAAGCUACAUCUUACUGGACUGUAGUUAAACUUGAAAUAAUGCUUGAAGUGUUUUGGGCAAGUAAGUACUGUUGCUGUUACUCUGCCCUGUGUCAGAUUGGAAUACCCUCAAGAUGAUUCUGUUAUUCUGUGACCAUCUCAGUCACUUCAGUAAAUGAGGCAGUCUCCAGAGGAGAAAGGAACUUUCUCUAAAAUCCACUUGAAAGUCAACAUUUUCCUGAAUUUGGUUCUGUUCUCCAAUGAUUUCCUUGCACAGAACUGUGUUUAUCUGAUUUGGUUGGCAUCCUUUCACAAUGAACAGAAAACAUAGAAACACGUCAAAGGGAAUGGCUUUUCUUGAAAAUUCAAACAACUUAUUUUUACAGAUACAAUAAUUUAAAGCAAGGUUAACAAAACAGAUCAUAUUUUUGCUUGUGUUUAAUUACUGUUUUUACCUGAACGUGUCCAGAUUAGGACAGACCAUUUUCAUUAGUAAUUUUUCAGGAUGACCAACAACCCAAAAUAGUAUUAAUAGUUGGCAUUUGAAAAUAGAGAAGCAUUAAUGACGGACUCUGUAGCAAUUCAUAAAACUUUAAGAACAAUUCGUAAGAGACAUGCCCAACAAUUUCAAAAUGGAUAUUUUAUAACAAUCCAUUGAUUUAACUUUACCAUAAACAUUUGUAUCAAUUUUUUGCCUCAUUGAAUAAUGGAGUUCUAUUUAAAAACGACGUACAGUGUCAUUUUUUUGUUUUGUUGUUACUAUACAUAUUAAUGACAUUUUCAUUGAUUGGAUAAAAACUUCAGGGCUUCUUUUUUGUAUAUAACAAAAAUGUACAUAUUUUUGUACUUGAUUAUGUAAAUUUGCACAGAAAGUUUAUGACACAAAAAUUUAUUUUCUUUCAGUUCUGUGCAUGCAUUAGUAAAAGUGGGUGAUUUAAAAUGAAGAUUGUACCCAUGUUAUUUUCUUGUUUUUUAUUUCUGACUUUUUUUUUAUUUGGUUGGGGGCAUAUGUUUUAUUUUUUUCAGGGAUUAAACACUAUUGUUAGCAAGUGCCUAAAAAUGAUGUGAACAGUUUACAUAUGUCAACUGUAACAGUAGGUCCUAAGUGGGCCCAUUCCCCUAAUAGUUUUGAUUUAAAUAAAGCCAUAAAUAGAUGCUUCAAACUAUAUUGCUAUGCACAUUAUACUUGUACUGUUUUUGUGCAGUUUAUCUACUUUCUUAGUGAAGUAUUUUUUGUAUAAAACCUGUUAUAAUUGUGUUUCUUGAAUUGAGCCUGAGUGGAAUUGAUUGGAAAUACACAGUAUAUAUUAAUAAUGUACAUGAUGUUUAAAGAAUGGUAAGCAUUGUUAAAAUUUCCUUAUUUGUUGUUAAUGAAGGUUUUGAAGGUUUUCUUCAAUUAAACUUAAGCUUGUGUUUA